AUGGCCGCACAGCAGUCACAAGGCAUCCAGACGCUCCUCGAGGCUGAAAAGGAGGCCGCAAAGAUUGUUCAGAAGGCCAGGACCUACCGCACUCAGAAGCUCAAGGACGCCAGGAGCGAGGCGGCAAAGGAGAUUGACGACCUCAAGUCCAAGAAGGAGACCGAGUUCCAGAACUACAAGAAGGAGUACGAAGGGUCGCAGUCGAGCUCGCAGACGGCCGUGGACAAGGAGACUGAGGACAAGAUCAAGGAGCUCGAGUCGGCGUACAAGUCCAACCAAGAGGCCGUGGUCAAGAAGCUGCUGGAUCGGAUCAUUGACGUCAAGGCAGAUCUCCACCGCAACCUGCAGAAGGCGUGA